UAGCAGUUGACUACCAAAACUAUCACCAUGUUAAGCAGCAAGAUGAUUAUGAUAGUCAUAGCAGCCAUUGCUCUAUGUUUCAUCUUCACUGCAACCCCACCAAAGUCCUACUACCAUUCACUAUUCAUCUCCCCAUCACUAUCCAACAAUGCAUCCAUAUCGCGCCACCUUUACACCCUCACCCGUCGUCCUCACCUCGCCGCUACUGAAGCCAAUGCGGAGGCGGCUUUGUAUGUCUUGUCGACUUUUUCCAAUAAUCAAAUCAAAUCUCACCUAGCAGAAUAUGCAGUCUUACUAACUUACCCAGACUCCCGUUCAAUGACUCUAAUUCGCCCGUCCCCAGAACCCUCCACCACUUUCAGUCUUCGUCAAGAGGUCUACGAAGGAGACCCCUACGCUGACGUUGCAGACCAAGUGGUACCCACAUUUCAUGCGUACGCCAAGUCAGGUACCGCAAAGGGACCUGUGGCGUACGUGAACUAUGGACGUGUAGAGGACUAUACAACACUGAACGAGAUUGGGAUCAACGUCUCAGGUGCUAUCGUGUUGGCAAGAUAUGGGAAGAUAUUCAGAGGUGACAUUGUAGAGAAUGCAUAUAAUGCAGGUGCGACCGGGGUGUUAAUAUAUACGGAUAGGAAAGAUUAUGGUGGGGCCGGGGGAGAUACAAAGUGGUUUCCGGAUGACAGGUGGAUGCCACCAAGUGGCGUCCAGGUGGGCACCGUGUAUAACGGGGCGGGUGAUCCGACAACGCCAGGCUGGCCUAGUACUAUAGAAGGUUGUGAGAGAUUAUCUAGGGAUGAAGUGGAAAAGAGAGGAGAUGUUCCAUUGAUACCUUCAUUGCCUAUAUCGGGUACUGAUGGUGAAGAGAUCUUAAGGUCGAUAGGUGGAAUGGUGGCUAACAACGAUUGGCAGGGUGACAAAUAUGCUCCGGUUUACAGGGUUGGACCAGGGCCUGGAAUUAUAGAUCUCAGUUAUAAGGCAAAAGAAGUCAUAAGCAAAAUUCAAAAUGUGAUAGGGAUACUUGAAGGAGCAGAGGAACCUGAUAGAUAUGUUAUCCUGGGUAAUCACCGGGAUGCCUGGACUUUUGGAGCUGUUGAUCCCAGCAGUGGCACUGCUGCUCUGCUAGAGGUUGCCGAGAGACUAGGGAAGCUGCAGAAGGAAGGUUGGAAACCUCGAAGAAGCAUAAUCUUUUGCAAUUGGGAUGCAGAGGAAUAUGGACUGGUGGGAUCAACAGAAUGGGUUGAGGAAAACCGAGAAAUGUUAGCAUCAAAAGUCGUUGCUUACUUGAAUGUUGACUAUGCGGUUGAUGGUCCGGGAUUUAAGGCCUACGCAACUCCACAGCUUGAUCAAUUGAUUAUAGAAGCUACAAAACGGGUUCAAGACCCAGACAACUCAUCACAAACAGUCUACCAAUCAUGGGUCAAAAAUAUGACUUAUCCUGAGAUGGGACGCUUAGGAGAUGGACAAUCAGACGAUGCCGCAUUUCUGAUUCAUGUUGGCAUUCCUGCAGCAGACAUAUGUUUUGCAAAUAGAUACCCGGUCUACCACUCGAUGUAUGAUGACUUUGUGUGGAUGAGCAACUUUGGCGACCCAAUGUUUAGUAGACAUGUAGCAGCGGCAAGCAUUUGGGGUUUGGUUGCUCUUCGGCUUGCUAAUGAAGAAAUUUUGCCUUUAAACUAUGAUUCUUAUGUAUAUGAGCUUCAGAAGGGUGCAGAAGACUUGGACUCUACAUUAUCAAAUCAGAGCAUAAGCCUAAUUCCCUUGUUUAAAUCUAUAGAGAAUAUGAAAAGAGCAACUAAACAAAUAAAUGAUGAAAUCAAGGACAUAAAAGAUAAGAAAAGUUGGGUAUUCAUGUGGAAAAAGCAACCUUGGAAACUGAGAGAAAUAAAUGACAGAUUGAUGAUGGCAGAACGUGCACUUACAGAUAAGGAAGGACUUUCAGGAAGACCUUGGUAUAAGCAUCUGAUCUAUGCUCCAUCAAAGCACAACAACUAUGGAUCUAAAUGCUUUCCGGGGAUAGAUGAUGCCAUUCAAAAUGCUGAGAGACUGAACACUGAAGAUUCUUGGAAUUUGGUACAGCAUGAAAUUUGGAGAGUCUCUAGAGCAGUCACACAGGCAUCACUAGUUCUUCGUGGUGGACUAACAUAAGUAUUAUUGAGUUAUUAUUGUACAAUCUGAGUUUCUCUGUUAACUUUAUCAUACGAUGUCGUAAGUUCUGAAUUAUCAUACAUUGACUAUCUAGAGGCUUGACCAUAACAUAUCUAAGAAGUCCUGUUUAAAUU